GCUGCUCUAGCUUCUCUUCGAUACAAUUCCUCCUAUCCCUGUGUGUGUCUUUUAGAGAGAGAAAGAGAACCACAACAACAGUUAAGGAUGUUCGAUUGGAGUCAGUGGAACAAGAACUUGGACGAGUCACCAUCAAAUAUGCCACUGGGGUCCUCUACUUCUGAUUCUUCAAGGCUUGGCUUGGGGGAUUCUUCCACACCUGCGGCUAUUGGCAACUCAUCGUUCUCCUUAUUUCCUGGAUUUUCCAUGACUGGACAGAAGCCUAUAGGCUUUGGGUGCAAUCCUUUUCCAAUUGGAAACCCAUAUCAAACAACACAAGAAGCAUCUGGGAACAAUAUAUUUGGUCCAAAACCAACCUCUGGGGCAUUCAUUCAGCCUGCAACAAGCCAGCAACCAGGACUUGAUGCCUCAAGUUCCCAAGCUUUUGGGUUUGCAGCAGCUUCAGCAUUUGGUAGUACAGGAACAACCCCUUUUGUGUCUAGUGCACCAGCUUUUGGAUUUGGGGGAGCAGUGGAGGAUUCUAAUUCAAUAUCUGGUUCUGGCAGCCCUGCAUCCUCCUUUUGUGGAUCUUUUAGAAUUGCUCUGAAGUGUGCUACUUGUGGAAGUUUUGAUUGGAUUCCUCAUGUAACACAACCACAGCACCCUCUAUUUGGUUCAACACAACCUUUGGGCGGAUCAAGUCAGUCUCUGUUUGCUGGUUCUAUAACAUCGGGUUCUCUUAGAAUUGGUCUGAAGUGUGCUACUUGUGGAGGUUUUGAUUGGGUUCCUCAUUUAACACAACCACAUCAGCAUCUAUUUCAUUCAACUACACAACCCUUGGUUGGAUCAAGUCAGCCUAAGUUUGCUAGUUCUAAAACACCAGGUUUUGGUACCACUACAUGCUUUCCAACAAGAGGUGUUAAAAGCAACCCAACAUUUGGGCCUCCAACAACUUCAACAUUUGGUAGCCUAGGUACCACUACAUGCUUUUCAACAGGUGCGACAAGCAACCCCACUUUUGGGACUGAAACAACUUCAACAUUUGGUAGCAAAGGAACAGCCUUUGCCUUAUCUAGUGCAUCCACAUCUGAGGCUGUGAACAAGCCUGUUUUCGGGUCAUCAACCACUACUGCUUUUGGCUCUUCAAGUGCUCUAUCCUUUAGCAUCAGUAUAACUCCAGCCUUCAGCUCAGUAGAAAGCACUCCAUUUGGAUCUAGUCCAUCUCUUUAUGGAGUUCAGAAUUCUCCUUCAGUCUUUCCCAAACCAGAUUUUGGAGGCCAAGGUGGAGGGAGUAGAGUAGCACCUUACAGUCCUUUAGUUUUUCUGGAAAAUCGAAGUAGCAAAAUGUCUCUUGGGAAGCUAAUGUCAAUAUCGGCUGUGCCUACUUACAAUGAUAAAAGCCAUGAAGAACUGAGGUGGGAGGACUAUAAGUUAGGGGAUAAAGGUGGUUCCGGUGCUGCUGCCCAAUCUAUUUAUGUUAGAUCAACAUCAUCAUAAUGGAUUUCGGUGCAACUUUGUCGUUAUUAGUGAACUUCAAAGGGAGACUGAGAGUCCAUAAUCAUUGGAUGUAGAUGUUUCUUUUCUUUUAUUAGGCUGCAAUUGUAUUGUUGUCCAUGGUUUAAACUUGAAAACCAGAUUCCACUAAGGCACAUUUGAUUAGAGUCGACUUGAGGACUUCUAAGUUUA